AUGGGAUUAUCACCAUUACAGAAAGUAACAGCUGUUUUCCACAUGUUGGCAUACGGUCUACCAGCUGAUGCUACGAACGAAUACGUUAAAAUAGGUGAGUUAACAACAAUUGAAAGUAUGACAAGAUUUUGUCGUGCUAUGGUGGAGAUAUUCGCAGAGCGGUAUCUACGAACACCUAACGCUAACGAUAUUGCUAGGCUAUUCUAUAUUGGUAAAAAACAUGGUUUUUCAGGAAUGUUAGGAAGUCUUGAUUGUAUGCAUUGGAAAUGGAAAAAUUGUCCAACAACAUGGUCUGGGCAAUACACAGGACGUAGUGGGUCACCAACUAUUAUCCUUGAAGCUGUGGCAGAUUAUGAUCUUUGGAUAUGGCACGCAUAUUUUGGUAUGCCAGGCACCAAUAAUGAUAUCAAUGUGCUGGAGUCAUCUAAUUUUUUCUCUAACCUAGCUCAAGGUAUUGCUCCUCCCGCUCAAUAUGUUAUUCAAGGAAAAGAGUAUAAUAUGGAUUAUUAUUUAGCUGAUGGUAUAUAUCCAAAAUGGGCUACUAUUGUACAAACAAUCCAACAGCCACAAGGUAGAAAGAAAAAAUAUUUUGCCAUGAAACAGGAAGUAUGUAGAAAAGAUGUAGAACGUGCGUUCGGAGUUCUCUAA